AUGGCUGAAUCAAGGCAGUAUCGGCGCUCCUUCCUUCGCCAUCUGCAUUACACAAUCGUUGUUCCCCAUAAGCUGGAACCCUACAACGCCAUGAAGCUCGAAAACCAGGAAUACCGUGAACAGAACCCGGUCAGAGAGGCGAACAACCGGGCAUUCAGUACAGCGGUUAUCUCACUACUCAACACUUUGAGCUGCUGGGAAGCAAGCGCCAAGAUCGCUUUGGUUAUCGAGGUGCGCGGACGGCAAAAAACGCUGGAGCCGGGAACAAAAGAACAUGCUGGCCUUGAAAAGUGGCAAACUGUCUUUGAUGGAGAACAGUGGGUUGUCCACCCAUACACCGCGCGUUUCCCGGAUGAUGAACCUUCUCUUCCCAAAGUUGUCUGUAUUGACCAGCUACUGUUCGAUCACAUGGGUACCUAUCAGGGGGUAUGGAAUGCCUCUAGGGCUGCAUUGCAAAUCGCGGAACAUCACACGGAUACCUCUCAGGGGAUAUGGGCUGCCUCUGCUUUACAAAUCGCGGAACGUUGUGUUGCUUUGGAGCGGCUGCAAUUAUACGAUCAGGAGUGGGUGCGACCAGAUCACCUUAGCUAUAUGCGGGAACGUCGACAAGCGAUGGCAUCCGCCCUCACAAAGAUGCCACCAACUUUAAGAGUAUUCCAGUGCAUAGGAAACACCGAAGAGCAUUGGGCAGAUGUUCUGCCAGCUCUGAAUCUGCUCCCUGACAACAAGAUCGAUGCGCUUUCAUCAAGUUUACGCAAUAUGUCCUUGAAUCUGAAAGAGCUCGAUUUAUCAGAAGUUACUGUGGAGUUGGAUUUUCUUUUUCCAUUAGACGACGCUGGCGCCCCGACCACCGACGCAUUGUCUCUCCACUGGCCUUACCUAGAGACCGUCACAUUAGGCUCAGUCCCUCUCUAUCUUCCCUCUGGUAAAUGGCUGCUCGAUUAUGAUCGUUCAGACUGGCUCUCGGACGACGAAGAGAAUCCCGAUCCGAAUAGCUCCGGCAUUGAAAACUUCGACACGCCGUGGCUGCGCUAUGGAUGGAGUGUCCACAGGAAUAUCAUGGACGUUGAGCAAUUCCAUCGACUUUUCAUCUCGCUCGGCUUCGCGGCGCAGCGCAUGCCGUCGUUGAAAACAAUGACAUUCGCCCUUGAGUGCGGACGGCCGGCCCAGUUCCGGUUUACCACCGGCAGGGGAUCUAGUGAGAAACCCACCUUAACAUUUGAGUCGACUGUAGGGUAUAAGCCUGAUGAGCGCGUCGCGGAUGCGUGGGGGUUUUGCUUGGAUGACAUGGAAGUUGAGGACGAUGGGCCCGAGGAGCUUGACCAUUAUAUCUUAGCCACAGUGACUUUACCUCGGUUUCCUUUGCAAAUGGAAUAG